ACCCUCAGAGCAGGGACUAGGUUCGCCGGAACCCCACGCUCCCGACUUCUGCUUCCGGGUCGGAGCCAUGGCGGUGGCAAAUUCAAGCCCUGUCAAUCCCGUGGUGUUUUUUGAUGUCAGCAUUGGCGGCCAGGAAGUUGGCCGCAUGAAGAUCGAGCUCUUUGCAGACGUUGUGCCUAAGACGGCCGAGAAUUUUAGGCAGUUCUGCACUGGAGAGUUCAGAAAAGAUGGGGUUCCAAUAGGAUACAAAGGGAGCACCUUCCACAGGGUCAUAAAAGAUUUCAUGAUUCAGGGUGGAGAUUUUGUUAAUGGAGAUGGUACUGGAGUCGCCAGUAUCUACCGGGGGCCAUUUGCAGAUGAAAAUUUUAAGCUUAGACACUCAGCUCCAGGCUUGCUUUCCAUGGCAAACAGUGGUCCCAGUACAAAUGGCUGCCAGUUUUUCAUCACCUGCUCUAAGUGUGAUUGGCUAGAUGGGAAGCACGUGGUGUUUGGAAAAAUCAUUGAUGGACUUCUGGUGAUGAGAAAGAUUGAGAAUGUUCCCACAGGCCCCAACAAUAAACCCAAGCUGCCUGUGGUGAUCUCACAGUGUGGAGAGAUGUAGUCCAGAGGAAGACUGAAUCAGUUAUGAAAGCAACAUCAUCUCCUGAAAUGAAGUAUGAAAAUUUUCACAGAAAACAGUUAAGGCCCCCCCUUAACCGCUCACCCCCAUCCACAUCUCCAUCCCACUGCUCUCCUCAGAGGAAACUUCUUAUCAGUUUGAUGUAUGUCCAUAGGGCCUUUUCUUUGCCCAUCUAAUUUUGGGAGGUUUUGUUUUUCCUAAAUGGCAUCAUACUAUUUGUUCAUCACUUUAUUUCCAUUUGAUCUUAUGUCUGGAAGACUUUUCCUCCUCCAUUCAUGUAAAACUAUGUUGUAUUUAAACAAAACAAAACUGAUACAAUAUGCUAUAAGAUGUUUGUAGCAAAUAUUUUAUUUUACCUUUUUCUUAAUGAUUUGAAUAAUUAUACAUUCUGAGUCUUAGUUCUUUACAUGUUUUGACCAUUUUGUCUAGAAUAUAUUUUAAGAAAAAACUGGCAGUGGGUUUCUUGUCUUAACUUUGGUGAUAUCCUUUGUUAAACGGAAGUUCUAAAUUUUGAUGAGAUCAAAAUUUUUAAUCUUUUCCUUUGUGUUGUGUUUUAUCUUGUUUAAGAAGGUCCUUACUACCUCAAUCAUAAUGCCUUCUGUAUUUUUUCUAAUGCUUCUAUAGUUUUAUUUGUAUACUUACAAAAUUAUCUAGAAUUUAUUUUUCUGGACUCUGCCUUUUUUUUCAAAUGGAGAUCUAGUCAAAUACCAGACCAUCUUAAUGACUGUGCAUACCUCCAUCUGUGACUUACUUUGUGUUCACAGCAUCUGGCACUUACAGGCAUUCAGUUAAAAUUUAUUACAUGAGUUAAUAGAGAGGGAGAAUGUCAGGCAUUUUAGGCAGGGAACUGGUGUGAGCAAAUGCCAGGGCAGGAAUGCACAAGUGUGUGCUGGAAGCUCACGUGGACUCUUGUUCAGCCAAAUGCUCCCUUCUCAGGCCUAGUUGACACUCUGAGCUUUCUUUUCUGCCAGUACUGGGGGCCCCAGGCUCAACGUGCUUUCCCCCUGCCCUCGCUGCUGGCCAUUCCCUCUCCUACUCGUUUCUUGGCUGAACUAAAGUUGAGCUCAUAAGUCCUUUUCCUUCUAAAGACUGACCACUGAUCACCACCAUAGGACAGAAGAUCACAAAAACAAUAAAAUUUAGAAAUCCUUUUAUGUUUAGGGCCUUUUCUGUAUUUUUCUGAGACCCUUACAGAAAGUUACUGGAAAUACAUGUUAGGAGUUUGUUUUCUGAGGGUGGGCGAUCAUCAACCCUCCUCUCCUCACCCGCUAUUAGCAAAGGUCACGUAAACAUUUGCCCCCAUGAAAGCCCUUCCUUUUAGCCUACAACCCCAAGCAGAACAAAUUCCAUGGAGAACAUUUGAUGCUCCAGAGGCCCUCUAGACCAGAACUUUCCAGUAGGCAUUCCUUUCUGUGAUGGUGGAAAUGUUCUGUAUCUGUGCUGUCCAUUAUGGUAGCUUCCAGCUACAUGUGACCAUUGAGCACUGGAAAAAUGUGACUGGUGUGACUGAGGGACUGAAUUUUUACUUUUAUUUAAUUUUAAUUAAAUUUAAAGAGCCACAUGUGGUACCUCCAAUUUAGUCUUCUAACCUUGACUUGCUCAGAAUUAAAUCUUUCAUAGCUUAUAUUUAGAGACAAUACAGUAAAAGCAGUUAUAUCACUUAUUGAAUAUUUCUUGUGCUCAAAUUCUGAGCUAAGAACCUUACUUUAAUUAUCUCAUUUAACUUUACCAAGUUAAAAGCUCAUAGGUUUUAAGGUGUUAGGGAAUCUAGGUGGCAGUCUGACCUUAAGGCAUUCCACAGAUGGGUUCCCCACUUUGGGUUUCUGAGUAAUGGAUUUGGGAGAAAGUAAGGAAAAGUAAGGAAAGUAAGUAAAAGAUUUGGGAGUAUGAUAUCAUUUCAUCAUGUUUCUUCCCAGCUGUGAAGUUACAAGCAUCUCUGAUUUCUAAAGGAGUAUUUCAGAUCCCUCAGGUUGUUUGAGGGCAGAAUAAUGUUUGACAGCCAGUGUAGAUGAUGUUUUUAAGUCCUACUAGGCAGUAUUUCUCAAGCUUUAAUGUACAUAUGAAUCACCAGGAGAUCUUGUUC